AUGCUAAGACUAUCUCUGUGCACAAGAAGACCUUUAUUGAGAUCAUCAAUAGUAAAGCAAUUUAAUUUAAGAAGCUAUCUGCAUAUACAGACUUUGACUACUCCCAAUGAAAACGCAUUGAAGUAUCUCUCUAAAGAUGGUGAACUAUUACAAGCUACUGGAUCAAAAAGUAUAGUCAUAAAAAACACAGACCAGACAUUGAUAACUCAUUCUAAACUUGCCCAAACCAUUUUUGCAAGAUGCCCAGGUGUUGAGGAGAUUAUGAUCGGAGACGACUUCUUAACUGUAAAUAAAGACCCGAUGAUCCACUGGAACACACUUUCCCCCACUGUUAUUGAAAUCUUAACCACCCAUUUGGCCUCUGGUGAUGAAGUGGUAUCACCGGAGUUUCGUGGAGUUCAAGAGUUAGAAGGUGGUGGCUAUAACGUUAAUAGAAUGCAAUUUAAUUACAAUGAAGAUGAACAAGAAAUAAGCGAAUUGAUUGAAGAAUUGAUCGAUACGAGGAUAAGGCCUGCAAUUUUGGAAGAUGGUGGGGAUAUAGACUAUCGUGGAUGGGAUCCAAAAACUGGAACUGUAUAUUUGAAAUUACAGGGUGCAUGUACGUCUUGCUCGAGUAGUGAGGUGACGUUAAAAUAUGGUAUUGAAUCAAUGCUCAAGCAUUAUGUCGAUGAAGUCAAAGAAGUAAUACAAAUGUUGGAUCCGGAACAAGAGGUCGCCAUGAAGGAAUUUCAAAAACUGGAAGAUAAAUUGAAUGCCAAAGCUUGA